AUGUACUUCCCCACUCGCCGUCUCAAGAACUGGUGGAACGGCAAGAUGGGCAAGGCCAGAGACAUGUCUCUCGUUCGACUUCUUUCCGAGGUUUCCUCCUCUGCCAGCAGCAAGGAGCGUGAGCCUCCCUUCUCUCUCUCGACUAAGGAAUUAUACCGAGAAGACAUCCUUGAGAUAUUUCACUUGAAAGAGUCCACUGCCAAGGAAGAAGAAUUAGACUGGGCUGUGGAUCCUAAGAAGAAAGGCAGACUCCCCGCUGCAUUGAGUAAGUGGCACAUCCGCGCCGCACAAGCGACACAGAGAAAGCAACCAGCUAACAGUAGUUUGCUCACAGAAUAUUAUUUUCGAUGGUUUGACGAUAAUUUCCCUCCUUCAGAACUCGACGUCAAAGGAACACGCGGGAAGGCCAAGUGCCUCUUGGACCGAGCCGCCAGAGAGGAUAGAAAGCUCUUCAUCCGAGCGGCCGAUUCCGACCAGGACUGUUACAAGGAUUUCUUCAAGAUCUUGUACGAAACUAAACUCACCUACAAAGUCCGUUACGAUCAUCAGACUCGCGCCCUUCACGGGGUAGCUGACAUGACUGUCUGGUGGGGAGAUCCAAGAAAACUGGGCACCAACCUGGCUAUCCACCACGUCUGGCCCGGUGAUAACUGGGAAACGAGAGUCAACGAAUGUCUUGCUUAUCUCGCGAUGGGUCGUGAAGUGCGCAAGCGGGCUGGCCACCAGAACACAGCGAUGUAUGGCAUGUGUACCGACGGUUACAGAUGGAUCUUCCUCAAGAUCCACAGCGAUGGACGCGUUUCCUUCAGCCCCGACUUGAAGUACUCGCGCGUUCCUGAGGCCGAGGAAAUUCUAGCCCACACACGCCGCAUCCUCGAAGAGGCUACUAAAAUGAAACCACCCCAGCCACGAGGCCGGCGGUCCCGGUUUAUGAACAAGCUGAAGGAUAAGAUUCUCAAGCCAGAAGACCUAGUGAGCCCUUGGGACUGUGGGGAUCCUGCAGUCCUCCAGGAACCAGAGGAGAUGCGUUACAGGUGGUUCUAGUCGCUUCACAAGGGCGACGAUAUAUCGAUACACUUGUGCUCUAUCUAUCCCUUUGACUACGAGCUCUUGGCUCUUUACGACAUGCACGUUCACUGCUUUCUUGCGUUGAUGAAAAACUGACGACUGGCGAUGAUCGAAGAUGGCUCUUUUUUUUUCCCUCUUCCUCUUUCUCCGUUUCUUUGCAAUUUCUUGGGUCAGGUCCCUGUUUAAGGGUCACAUUGCAUACAUCUUUUCCCUCGUCUAAUCAUAUUCUGGUCGACGUUUGUCUUUUCUUUCGAGCCAGCAUUGAGC